UUCACUCACUUCUUCCAACUAUAACUCUCUCUCCGGCUAUGUCUACAGCCGAACCACCAUUGUCGGCUACCGGUGUCGGUCUCGGGUACGGCAUUGCCAUUGCCGUAAGCAUUCUCGUCCUCAUCUCCACGAUCAUGUUUGCCUCUUAUGCAUGUGUUAGAGUUAAAGCCAAUGGUCGUAGUGAUACUAAUAGUAAUAAUGGUGGUGAUAACGACGACACGAAUGUCCAUAGGUCAGAUCGCCAAUCCACAGCGAGGCCGAGAACCUCAAUGGAGCCUGUGAUAGUUGUGAUGGGCCUAGAUGGAUCCAUCAUAGAGUCGUACCCGAAGACGGUGCUCGGAGAAAGCCGGAGACUACCCAAGCCCAAUCACGGCCCGUGCUCCAUUUGCUUGUCCGACUACCUGCCCAAGGAUACCAUAAGGUGCAUACCCGAUUGCCAUCACUGCUUCCAUGCCAAUUGCAUUGAUGAAUGGCUUCGAAUGAGUGCCACGUGUCCUCUUUGUCGGACCUCUCCUGCUCCAUCGGCAACUCCUAGUCCUCCUCUUGCUACUCCUUUGUCCGAGUUGGCCCCACUGGCCUUCCACACCAGGUGA